CUGGUCUGGCCGCUCCUUGUGACGCCCCCGCUUUGCCCGGCUCCGGCCGCCCCGAGCCUUGCCCGCAGCGACCCGCACCGCCGCCAUGAACGCGGAGAAGGACUUCGCGCCGCUGACGCCCACCAUCGUGCGCGCGCUGAACGACAAGCUCUACGAGAAGCGCAAGGUGGCGGCGCUUGAGAUCGAGAAGUUAGUACGGGAGUUCGUGGCUCAGAGCAACAUGACCCAGAUCAAGCAUGUGAUCCAGAUCUUGUCACAGGAGUUUGCGCUUUCACAGCACCCUCACAGCAGGAAGGGGGGACUAAUCGGCCUGGCAGCCUGCUCCAUCGCCCUUGGCAAGGACUCUGGGCUGUACUUGAAGGAGCUGAUAGAGCCGGUGCUGACGUGCUUCAAUGAUGCUGACAGCCGUUUGCGGUACUACGCCUGCGAGGCCCUGUACAACAUUGUCAAGGUGGCCCGGGGCUCUGUCCUGCCUCACUUCAAUGUGCUGUUUGAUGGCCUAAGCAAGCUUGCUGCCGAUCCAGACCCAAAUGUAAAGAGUGGCUCGGAACUACUGGACCGGUUGCUCAAGGACAUUGUGACUGAGAGUAACAAGUUUGAUCUGGUGAGCUUCAUUCCCCUGCUGCGGGAGCGGAUUUAUUCAAACAACCAAUAUGCACGGCAGUUCAUCAUAUCCUGGAUCCUAGUGCUAGAGUCUGUACCUGACAUCAAUCUUCUGGAUUACCUGCCAGAGAUCCUGGAUGGCCUCUUCCAGAUUCUGGGAGACAACAGCAAAGAGAUACGGAAAAUGUGUGAAGUGGCACUUGGGGAAUUCCUUAAGGAGAUCAAGAAGAAUCCCUCCAGUGUCAAGUUUGCAGAGAUGGCCAAUAUUCUAGUGAUUCACUGUCAGGCCUCUGAUGACCUGAUACAGCUGACGGCCAUGUGUUGGAUGAGGGAGUUCAUCCAGCUGGCUGGCCGGGUGAUGCUGCCCUACUCCUCUGGGAUCCUGACUGCAGUUCUGCCGUGUCUAUCCUAUGAUGACCGCAAGAAGAACAUCAAAGAGGUGGCCAAUGUGUGUAACCAGAGCCUGAUGAAGCUUGUCAUCCCAGAAGAUGAUGAAACAGAUGAAGCCAAGCAAUCCAUGAGCCUGCAAACAGAAGCCAGCUCAGAGGAGUCUCUCUCCAAGCCUGAGGUGCCCUCCAGUGGUUCCCUUGAUACCUCGAGUGACUCCAAUUUCAGCAACACCAGUGUCUUCACUGUAACCAGUUCUGACAAAGUACAGGUGACACUUAACCUUGAUGGAAUAGUUCAGGUGUUGGACUAUCACCUUCAUGACACAUCCAUUGGGAUGAUGACCAGAAUUGCAGUUCUGAAAUGGCUCUAUCACUUGUACAUCAAGACUCCUCGUAAAAUGUUCCGGCACACGGACAGCCUCUUCCCCAUUUUGCUUCGAACGCUGUCAGAUGAAUCGGAUGAAGUUAUCUUGAAGGACCUAGAAGUGUUGGCUGAGAUUGCAUCUUCUCCUGCAGGCCAAACGGAAGGACAUGGGCCGUAUGAAGGCUCAGACAUGCAGUCCAGCCAAUCAGAGCUACAUGUGCCCAUCAAACCCAGCCAGCUGAGCACCUCUGGUACUAAAGGCAUGGAGUGUUCUCCUUCCACACCCACCAUGAACUCCUACUUCUACAAAUUCAUGAUCAAUCUGCUCAAGAGAUUUAGCAGCGAGCGGAAAUUACUGGAGACAAGGGGAGCUUUCAUCAUCAGGCAACUUUGUCUACUGCUGAAUGCAGAGAACAUCUUCCACUCCAUGGCAGACAUCUUGCUUCGGGAGGAGGACCUUAAGUUUGCCUCUACCAUGGUUCAUACCCUGAACACUAUACUGCUGACAUCCUCUGAGCUCUUCCAGCUGAGAAACCAGCUCAAAGACCUGAAGACACCGGAGAGCCGUAACCUGUUUUGCUGCCUAUACCGUUCCUGGUGCCACAACCCUGUGACAACUGUGUCCCUCUGCUUCCUCACUCAGAACUACAAACAUGCUUAUGACCUCAUCCAGAAGUUUGGAGACCUGGAAGUCACAGUGGAUUUCCUCACAGAAGUAGACAAGCUGGUACAGCUCAUUGAAUGUCCAAUUUUCACAUAUCUUCGCCUGCAGCUGCUGGAUGUGAAAAAUAAUCCCUACCUGAUCAAGGCUCUUUAUGGGCUGCUGAUGCUGCUGCCCCAGAGCAGUGCCUUCCAGCUCCUCUCCCACCGCCUGCAGUGUGUGCCCAACCCUGAGCUCAUGCAGACCACAGACAGCACUAAGAUUGGCCAUGGCUUCAAGAAAUCACCGGCACCCAACAUCGACUAUGUGGAGCUGCUGCAGCACUUUGAGAAAGUCCAGAACAAGCACCUAGAAGUGCGGCACCAGCGAGCUGGCCGGGGGGAGCACCUGGACCAGAGGGUCAUCCUCUGAGCGCCAAAGCCCUUGGCAUGUGUGGAGACUGUAGCUUGGGGAGAGGCCAAGGCAGGGGGAGCCACAGGGACUUAGUGGCUGCAAUGGAUUCAGGAUAUGUGCUCCACUGGGGAGGGAGGACCAGGGCUGUUUGGAACACUCAGCUGGGGAAGGAACUCCACCAGCAAUGCUUGCAUGCAGGGCACUUCCCUGGAGAAAUGCCUGCAAAGCCCAGGACUUCAUCCCAUGCAACCUUUCUCAUUAUCUCAAAACAAGCUUGUUGGGACCUGUUGGUAGGGAGGUGACUGGAGGAGCCACCCAAUCCAUCUACCCAUCCUUGGACUUGUGCAACAGGGUGAGCUAGCUAUUUGCCUUAAUAAUGCCUCCCCUGUGACAGUCAGCUGAUGGCUUAGACUGGCCUUGCCAGUAAAGCCAGAGGGGAAAUGCGUCAGAGGAAUUUUCUGGUACCUCUUCAUGAAGAAAAACAGGUCUCCAUAGCUGGCUCCCUGGAUCUUGCAGAGGAGCCUCUUCUGACCUCCCCAGGGCAGUGCCAGCAGCAUCUAAUUCUCCAGUGCUCCUGGCUCUCUGGAUCCACAUUCCUGUAUGUGUGUCCCCCUAGCCCCCAGUGUAACUCCCCUCACUGCUGUGUGUAUAGUGAUGCAGCCUUAAUUUAUAGCUAACCUCAGAGCAUUCUACAUGUGUAUAUAGAGUCCAUAUCAGAUUUCUAGCUUGAAAAUAGAUCUUUGCACCUACAAAAAAACCCUCCCCAUAUCAAAAUAAAAGAAUGGCGCAGA